AUGCGAGACCAAUCCGACUACCUAUUGCCAAAGGGCAACGCCACGUCGAGGUCAGGCGGCCACAAGAUGCAGCUAUCUCCGAGGCUGGAAUUAAUCAUUGCUUCUACUCUUGUGCUCGACAAACCGGACGUCCAAGGAAGCUGUGGUGCUAUGUACGCUGUAUGUACCCCAUACGCCGAGCUGCAACUCUGCGCUGGGUUCAAUGGGUACUGCUGGGCUGGGGGUAAAGGCGCAAAGGAGGCCAUUCAUUGUGAGACGUACUGGCUCAUCACAACUUAUAUAGCGGGUUCACACCUCCAAGUCUCUCCCAGGGAUAGCCUGUCGAUCCACCAUCACAUGCAAGGCGAAAGACUGUCGGUUCUCCCACGGCCACUUUCUGUUUCCCUGCACCAUAUCGAAGCUCCUACACUACACCAAUCCAUCCCCACGACUACACUGGCGAGACUAAUGUCCACACCAGCAGGCAGCCUUUCAGGCUUUUCCGGACACGGUCAAUACCGCUAG